UAAAAAUGAAAGCCCUUCUCAGCUGGUGUGAAGCUGUCGCUCUUAUUUUUGUCCUUAAGUUGUAUUUUAACGCGAGUUAUCAGCUGACUGGGCUGCAGGUAUGCUCGCUCUGUGGUGGUAAUGUCCAAAACAACACCUACGUGGGUGACUUCUGCUCUUCAUCCGCUGGACGGAUUGACAAGAGGUGCUGUUUAGCGAAUGAUAACUCAAGCGACCCUGAACGCAUCAUCGGGUUGGAUUUAUCCAGUUGUUCACUGACUCAAGUGGAAGACAUUUCAGGAGCAUCCACAGUGGUGAUGAUAGAUCUCUCACUGAAUCCCCUUACCAACAUCAGUGAUAAAGUCUUCCAAGGAUUUCUUGACCUAAAAUUCCUGAUUUUACCAGAGCACCUGGCUUGUCCAGGUGGGAAUGCUUCAUGGCAAUGGAUGGAAGUAAAGCAAGGGAAGCAACUUUGUAAGGACCAGAAAAACAUGUGCAACCAGACAGGAAAGAUGUCUAUGAAUUGCCCAGAAAACUCCCUUUGCGGCCCCUACGGUCCUGGCUUCUUUCAGUGUCACUGUGUUGAAAAUUACCAUGGAUACAAGUGUCGUCGGCAGGCGGAAUUCCCAGCUGUGAAGGUUUUCGGGCCUCUUGCAGCAUCCACAGUUGUCAUCUCCUUCCUGUUGUGGAUUACCCAGAGACGCAAAGCCAAAUCACUCUGAGUCUGAGCUGCUUUUAAUCUGACAAGAAACAGACUCCUGAAAGAGAUAAUAAUGCUGACAAAGCCCUGCUCGGCACCACACUCUGGUGUGAAUAUUUUACAAAUGUUACUAUAUUCGUUUUCAGGGGCAGCUGUGUUUUAUUUUGGGGAGAGAAAAAAACUGACAUUUUUAUUACAAUUAAUGUGAUAUAAUUUUUAGGUAAAAACAUGCAUUUUAAAAUAUGACCUAAUUUUUUGACAAAGAUUACCACAGGUGAUGCUUUUUUAAAGUAAACAUGCAGAUAACAGUGAAAACUGAAUUAUUCUGUCAAACAAGUGCUAGAUGUGUGCGAGUUUACACCAGAAAUAAUGUUUUGCAUGUUUAGAAAAAGUUGAGCAACAGCUCAUUGCAUGCUGACUUUGUGUUUUCAUACUUCUUUGGGGGGGUGAUGGUGCUGCCAAGAAGUGGCUGGUAAGAACAGGGGGCAGCGGGUUAGCUGUGUUAAAUUUAAACCAAAACUGCAAGUUUAGUUGCACUUUAAUGAUCAUUUUUACCUCUUUAAUUCAAAGGUGUUAUUGUUUAAAUGUACUCAGGAUGAAAAAAUUGAUGUUACAAUGUUUGUGUCCUGCCCUGGCAGCUUAGACAAACGGGUUGGUGGAUCUGGCUGCCCAGCAGUGUCACAGCAAAUUUGUUGUACAAUCUUUGGAGAUUUAAUGGUCCUGCUGUUGUAUAAUUGCCUUUUGUUUUUUUUAAAUUUGGCUAACUGACAACUAUUCAAGGGUCCAGCAUGGUCAGACUGAAGUCGAACUGUCGAUGUGUGGUCUCAAGGUUGCAGGAUGUUUUUGUAAACACCGUUCAAAAUCCACAAGACUUUGAACGCAGCCCCUGUGAAACCCGUCCUGCUGCAGAAUAGGUCAUGGUGUUUUGUCAUGUGUGGCUUACGACACUAAAGUAAACAGAGGUCAUAGCAAAGAGGAACAACUAUUACGGUUUCAGAAGUGGAGAAAAUAAUGAUUAACUAGGUGUAAUGUCUCAUUUUAUUUUAGUUAUCGGAAGCCAACAAAAAGAACAAAUGUCCUCAGUUGGACAUUUGCCAGCUGCAAUGGACCAGAACCAAACAGGGGGAGUUUAGUGUUGUCUCCAACAGUCUGUACUUCCUCACAGUCUGGGAUAAUUCCUCUGUAAAGCUCACCCUUCUGCUCUCCAGCUAAAAUAACAGCUUCUGAAAGUUGAUUAGUUAGGGAUUGUCACAAGCAAAUACACCCAAUUCAGACUUCACACACAAUAGUUUUGCACAUAGAGAGGGGUGAAAAGUUCACCAGUGAGGUUGUGACAAUGAGGGAUGGAAAACAAGGCUGAGAACAAAAUGAUUGCGACAAUGAGAACCAAUUUCGGCACUUCGACUCAACCAUGCAGGGCCCUCAGCUCUCUCUUUCAUGUGUUUCAGAGUGUUGUCCUGAAAUACACUCCACGAUCUGGAUGUGUCUUUUCUGUUGCAACUCUCUUUAUCUUGUUUAAAGUUCAGAGUUUUAAUAAAGAUUUUACAAUAGUGUAUUAUUUUCCUCUUAUUAGAUAUUUUACUGCUUCAGUGUUAGAUCUUGUUAGAUGUUUGUUUCCACUUUGUACUGCCCAACAAAAUGAAAUAUUACCCAGGAUAUCAAGGUUUUUCUGGAAAAUGAUAAUGAAAUGAAGUUUCUGCAAAGCAUUAAAAGUCAAGAUUUUAAAGCCUCCUCACUUUUCCUUUGCAAAAUGGUGCUACAUUGUGCUGAAAAUAAACAGAUUUUGCUCUUGA